CCUGAAAUUUUCUGUUUGGUGGGCUGGUGGGGGCGCCACGCACGGCGUAUAAUUAAUUCUUCGCAACCGGCCGCGGAUCCACACAGGGUUGGUGAGGGUAAAGGAACAGCCAUGCCAUUCCUUCAUGUCCAAGACUGGGAUAAGCAGUUCAUUGGCCUACAGUAUCCAGAAUCACCUGUCUUAGAGAAACCAAGAUGUGCUGAUCUUGAAUUAGACUGGCUGCGGUGUGCUGAUGGCCUGGGCUGGAAACGAGCAAAGAAAGAGUGCAAGGUCGAGAUGGAAGACUUCUGGGAGUGUGCUCAGGGUACUAAGAAGAUGGCAAGAUACCACACAAUCUUAAAGGAAAGGAAAAAGCAGAUGGCAGAAGGCAAAUAUACUCCACCACCUGAGCAUCAGUAGAAAUGGUUCAGCACUUUAAGUUUUGAGCAAUGUUUAUACUACUUUUCGAAUAUAUGUAAGAUACAUUCAGAGUAGAUUUACAAGUUUACUUACUGAGCGUAUAUUCACUGACCUUUUAUGUCAGCACAAGUUAGCCAACUUCAAGGUCUUCACAAUCAAAGUCUUCACUGAUUACUGUAUCUUGUCUGCCUGAUCGUGUGGCAGGUGCCGGUUUGUAAAAUGAAUGAUGGCCAAUGGCAUUAUUUGGUCGUUAUUUGCUGCAUAUACAUAAAGGAAGCCAAAUGUUACAUUUUUAUGGCAUGCAUGGAUAGGAUUUGGCCCUGCAGUCUUAGGUUUGAGCCAUUCAUGUAGACUGGGAUGGUUGGUUGGCUUUCCUGGCUUGUCUUACUGGUUCACGUUUUGGCAGAUUUUUGAACAACCUCAAUCUCUUCUUAAUACCAAAUAUUACAAUAUGUUUAUUGUACAUGUAGGUCAGGAAUUCGUUAUCGGUCCACAUGAACAUCUUCAGCUGUGUUUUGGUUAUAAUAAGAAUUAAAAGUGGUUCCCAAAAGUGGUUUUAUAUGCUUAUACAGUACAUAUGUAUACCCCUUAUCCCUUGCACAUUUUAAUCACACCAGAUGGUUAUACAUCAGUGUUGUGUUGUGAUUAAACACAUGUAGAUGUAGAUUUUUAAAUUUAAAUCCGCAAACCCCAACAAGGAUACACUUGCACACCAAAUACCUGUUUAAAAAUCCAAAUAGCCUCACAAGAUUUAUGCCAAAGAUUUACAUACCAGUAACGUUUGUUGGUUUCUCUGUUUCAUGUGAUUACAAUACCCCUAGAAAUGUACCAGUAAACAAUGAAUCGAAAACACAUUUGAUCAAUAUUUGGUUUAUUCUGCAGUUGAUUUCGUCACUUGCUGUGUUUUGAAUGUUUCUGUAUUGACCCAGCAUUUCCAACAUGAUUCACGUUAGGCUGGUCUGCAUAAAAUCAAAUCAAAUCAAAUAAAACAAUGUAGUGAAACAGAUGUUAUACUACCA